AUGCGCCAGGACUAUAUGUUUAUGCCCCGUGCGACAUACGCGGUUCGACCCACAACAAUUGCAAAGGGCAACAAGGUCUUUCUACUUGUGGGGGGCUAUCAUAAGAAGUAUGAUCCUUCAUCGAAGAAGUGGACUAAAGUCUCACAGGGUCUUGAUUUGCUCGUGGGUGAGGCCACGCAAGAUAAAGUCAUUCAAUGGGGCGAACCCACCUCGCUUGUACCACAGAUCGAACCAUCUGCUAAACAACGUGGCCUGGACCAGUUUGUUGGUGGUGGUGGCUCGGGCGUUGUGAUGGAGGAUGACACGUUUGUGUUUGCUAUGACGGCGAGGAGGACCGGAGACAAGAGAAAACGAAACUGCCUCCAUGAUCACUUAUUCGAAGGACGACGGCAAAAAAAAAAAAAUGGCAAGCAUGAUGGUGGGAAAGUGGACACGUCCGCAUCCUAUUAUGAUCCCAAUGCUCGCAAAACGUCGGGCAGGGAGAGGAGGGAGUGCUUUUAA